GCGCCCACACACUAUUUAGCGUUGCCACACAGUUUUAAAUACUUAGUUGCUGAACAACGUUGCCAUCAUUCGGGCAAUGCAUGAAGUUGGCUGCGCUUGUGCAAACAGCUGUUAACCAUACACAGCUCGUACGUGCAUUUCAAACAAAACGUGUUUACAAUUUUGUGUAUUGUCAAAUAUAAACAGAAAGCCACACAAUGACAGAAAUUGAAGGCUAUAAAGUUGUGCCGCUCAAAGUGACACCUGAAGCGAAAAAUUGCCACAGCAUUUACAUGCGGGAGCAUUUCAUACGUCUUAUGGAUCCCAACAAACCGAAAGGCCGAACACUGUUUUUGUUAAAUAUUCCUCCAUAUGUCACAGAAACGAGUCUCGAAACAUUCUUCAAACGCAUAGGCAACGUGGAGAGUGUUUUAUUUGCUGCUAAGCCAGGACGCGAAGAAACCGCCAAAUGGUAUGAAGGCACCGAUGUUCCGUUCUCAAAUACAAAAGCGCCGUUCAAGUUCAAGGUAGCCUACAUUGUGUUCCAGAAGAGCAGCAGCAUUGGCCAUGCACUGGCCAUAGAGAGCAUUGAUUUGUACAACAGCAGCGGUGUAUCCCUCAUCAAAACAGGCAUGGAACUGUGGCACGAUGAAUACGAGAACAAGUUUAUAUUGGAUGUUGCGAAAACGCAAGCAAAGAUAAAUGCAUAUAUGGCAGACUAUGAUAAACGGGAGCGUGCCGAACAGGAGGCAGCCAAAAACAGCGAGGCUGACGCUGAUGGUUGGGUUACAGUGGGCAAAGAUGGCCGUAAUGCGGGCUUCGAGCAAAAGGAGUCAAUAAUUGGACGCCUGGAAGGCAAGUUAGCCAAGGACAAGAAAACCAAGGAGCUUAAAAACUUUUACACAUUUCAAAUACGCGAAAGUAAAAUGCAGAAUGUGGUAGAGCUUCGCAAAAAAUACGAAGAGGAUAAGCGCAAAAUUGAGAUGUUAAAACAAUCGCGAAGAUUCAGACCUUUUUAGUAAAUCAAUUUAAAUAAAAUAUAUAUAAUAAAAAAAUAAAAACAAUUUUUGAAAGAUAUGUUAACAGUUGUUAAUGUGUAAAUAUAAUAAUUCUGAAAAUAUCCUAGCAGUAAACAAAUUAAGCAUUAUUGUAUAAUGUGAUCAACACAUUCAUCUUUCAUGAUUACAAAUAGCUGCCUAAAUAGCUGCUUUGAAAUAUAGUU